AUGUUGGCCCACGAUAAUAUUGGACAUGGAAAUAAACCCAGUCUUAUGCCUCUUAGAGCGUCCGCUUCCGAUCAGUCGUUCAUUCUGAAUUCACUUGCAAAAACGACUGAAGACCUGAAAGAAAACCACUAUAAUAUGGUGAACACAUCUUUGGUGGACGAGGCUAGAAAGGAAGCGAGUGAAAGAUGUGAACUUACAUCACAGUUCAGCUCCUUGACGCCAAGACCAAUUACAGAAACACCUCCUCUUCAUCUUGGUGAUAUAUCGCCACAGGACAGAGCAUUUAUUCAAGACAACUUCUCAAGCAGUGAGGCCCGCUGCAUUAUUGAUGCAGCAACAGGAACUAUAACUCCUGAGAUACUAAUUGGCAUGGACUAUUUCAACUCGGUCAUCAGCCUUCAUCAAUCUGUUAUUCGCCUCCCGUCAGGACUAUUUAUGACACCGACGUUCUUUGGUCCGGUCAUAUCGGGAGUCACUACCCACGACAACGACAAUACAGAACAAAGGUGUUUUUAUGAGCAUAUAGUCCAAACGUGCACAUCCACUCACCCAUAUGACAACGACUUUCAUUUCGACAUAUCAGAUUUAUGGAAACUUCCUGGAAUUGGGAUAGAGGAAUGCUGCACAGAAGAAGAGCUCAAUCAACAAAUAGUAGAAAACUUUUACUCAACAGUAGAGAAUCGAAAUGGCCAAAUAUAUGUAAGAUUUCCUUGGAAACCUAACAAAGAUUGCUUGGCUAACAAUUAUAACUUAGCUCUGAGCAGACUCCACCAAUUAUUCAAAAUGAAAGAACGAAAUCCAGAAUGCUGGAAAGACUAUUGCAACAUUAUUGAAGAACAACUCAAGAAAAAUUUCAUAGAAGCUCCGUUCGGUAUGAAUACAGAGUCCAUUCAAGACGACGUGAAUGAAGACCCGCAAACCAAUAUCAGGAAAAAGCUAACCCAGAUACAAUGCCGAACUGUCGACAUACCAGUUAUCAAAACGAAAGUGGAAAGCACAUAUAAGCCUAAAGAAAAUCUACAAAAAGAUCAAAAGAGGAAGAGGAAAUACACAUCCCCUUCACAUUCUGCUGAAAUCACACAAGAUAGAAGUAGAGUUAAGGGCACAGUUAACUCGACGGCUCAGAACGUUGUGGCCGUCAAGAAUCUGGUCGAGGACAUGACCGAAGAUCUGGAUCACGUGCAGAGCGCCCACUACAAUUUGGAAGAACUAGUUAAAAAAAUGGAUGAGCGCAUAAUGAACCGCUUUGAUCACAUGAUGGACUUUCAAAUGGAGUUCGCGCAGAAGUUGGACUAUCUGAAACAAGGUCACGAUGAUCUCGUUCGUCAGAUAGACAACAUUCGUCAACAACAGCCAGUACACGUUCGCCGAUCUGAAUCACCUGGAAUUGAAGAUGCAGGCCGAAACUCCUUUGUUUUGAGAACGAAGGAAACGCUAUAUCGACUAGAUCUGGAA